UAUCGUGCUAAUAAAUAAGCGAUUAUUUCACCGAUUGAGAAUCACAUCGAUUGUCACUGCUCCGGUGAAGACGCCAACAUGAAAGCUUUCGCAUCCGCCUGUAUCAUCCUUGCGAUCUGCGUCGCAGCGUCCCUACAAGACACUCCGUACAAUCGUUGCGAGAAUGGACCUCCACCCACGUUAUUGGUAGUAGAUGAAUGCAAUAGUUCUCCUUGCGGUUUUUACAGAGGAACCAAUUUGACGGCGCAUUGGAACUUUAAAGCCAUCGCUAAUACAGAAAAACUGACAACUCGCGUGAGAGUCACAAUCAUGGGGAUCACGAUAAUUUAUCCAUAUCCUUACUCGAAUGCAUGCGAGUCUCUGACAAAUAGCAAAUGCCCUUUGAACAAAGGCGACGAUGUAACGUACAAUCUCGUCAUGCCGAUAUCUAAGAAUUAUCCAUCUGUGGAGCUGACCAUCGAGUUCUCCCUGUUUGACCAAAACGGGACCCCGCAAGUAUGCUUCUUGUUGGAUGGCCAGGUGAAAGAUAAAUAAAAUAGGCUCCCGUAUAUUACGAUCUCAAUAGUUUAAAUUUAAUCAGUUUAACCUUUCUAUCAGUGCAUUACCCGAAUAUUCUUUAUUCUUUAA